AUGUCUAUGAAAGGAAUCACCAAGGGCAUCGCCCGAGCGCCUCAGUCGUUCAAGGCCAAGUUCAAUAUUGGGGAGCAGACCAAGGAUCUGGUCUACAUUGACGCCGAGAGGCGGUUCAAGGAGCUCGAGAAGGAGACCAAGAAGCUGCACGAGGAGUCGAAAAAGUACUUUGACGCGAUCAACGGCAUGCUGGAGCACCAGAUCCAGUUCUCCAAGGCGAUUGAGGAGAUCUACAAGCCCAUUUCUGGACGGCUGUCGGACCCCAACGGAGCCAUUCCCGAGGGCAACCCCGAAGGUAUCAGUGCAUGCGAGCAGUACCGUGAGGUGGUCAACGAUCUGCAGGCAACGCUCAAGCCCGAGCUGGAGAUGAUCGAUUCGCGAAUCAUUGGCCCCGCCAACGAGCUGCUGGAGGUGAUCAACUCGAUUCGAAAGAUGGCCACAAAGCGUGCCCACAAACAGCUGGAUCUCGACCGACACAACAACUCGCUGAAAAAGUACCAGGAUAAGAAGGAACGAAGCGUCAACGACGAGAAGAAGAUGUACUCGGCCGAGUCAGCCGUCGAAAUCGCCCAGCAGGAGUACGACUACUACAACGACAUGCUCAAGGAGGAGCUGCCGCAGCUGUUUGAGCUGGAGGCCCAGUUCAUCGCUCCUCUCUUCCAGUCCUUCUACUACAUGCAGCUCAACGUCUUCUACACCCUCUACAUCCGCAUGGAGGAAAUGAAGAUUCCCUACUUUGACCUCACCAACGAGGACAUCGAGGGCGCCUUUGCUGCCAAGCGGGGCGACGUUGCCGAGCGAACUGAACAGCUCUCCAUCACCCAGUUCCGAGUCGGACACGCCCGUGCCAAGCUCGAAAUGACAAAGCGACGGUUUGCAAAGGACAAGGAUAAGGAGGCCGCUGCAGGAGCUGCCCCCGUCGCCGGUGCUGCGCCGCCCGCUUAUGGAGGCGAGGAGGCCGCCGACCCUGCUGCAGCUGCCGCUGCCGCUCCCGCCGCGUACACCGCCACCGGCUACCCCAACGAAAAGGCCGUGUACACGCCUCCCGGGGCUCCUGCAGCCGCCGCUCCCGCAGCUGAAACCUGCACCGCCCUGUACGACUACGAGGCGCAGGCUGCUGGCGACCUGUCGUUUUCCGCCGGACAGGUCAUCACCAUUGUUCAGCGAACCGCUGACACCAACGGUUGGUGGACGGGUAUUGUCGGGGGACACCAGGGAGUGUUUCCUGGAAAUUAUGUUCAGUUGAAUGCGUAA